AUGGCUGCCGACACAGCAUCAUCGCUUUUCCCCAACAGACCCAUUCGUCCGUUACCCAAGCGGCGUCUGCGCGAGCGCCUAUCGCCAGAAGUUGCCGAGUCGAUUCAAUACCCCCCCGACCCGCGUACCAUGGCACCGCUCUUCCCAUACCCAUACCCUCUCCCGUCGUCGGACGAUCACCAAGAUUCUGGCUCGUCGCAGGCUCGAGAGGGCAGCCCAUGUCCCGAGCAGCGGCAGAGUCAAGCCAAUGGCCAAGCCAAUCGUCAAACCAACGGCGAGAAAAAUAGCCAGGCGAACGGCGCGUCAGACAAUGGGACCUCGGAGCAGCGCUCCACGGCAUCCAAGCAAGACAUGACCACCCCUACAGGCCCGGGGUUGACAACUACCCUCCCGACGCGCCUCAAGUCGGAUCAAGGUCGUUCUUACUCUGAGUUUCCUCUUCCAUCGACAACGUCUUCGGCUGACGGCGAUGCUCCCUCUGAGAAUACCAACUACAAGAAGAGGAAGAUUCCCACGGCUGGUGAUUCCAUACCCACUGCCAGUCACACAGUGUCGGACGUUUCAGCAAGCAAUGGCCUGAUUAAUUUGACUUCCCAGGCCGCAGAAGGUCAGAACGAGGCGUCUAACACAACGUCGGCUUCUUACUAUGGGUGUGGCAACCUGGCGACGGGCAUGUCAAAUGUUUCGGGCUCUGGGAGAGGCAGAUAUGCCCGACCCAGGAACUACAAGAACCAGCUGCGGCCAAUGUUCGACUCGACUAGCAAUUGGAGUGGUAGGGGCGGCAAGUCGCGCGUCGGUCAGUGGACGUCAGGGCAAGGCGAGAGCACCGGGAUCAUCUCGAAUGCCAUUGCUAAUGCCGAAAAGCUGCCUCCGGAAGAGAACGAUGUCAGUCUUCUCCAUCAGCAGGCAUCUUCCAAGAAGAACCCGGCGUCUACCCAGUUCACCUUCACCUGCGACUCUCCAGUCCCGGGUGGCUUUUCCUGGCCUGGUUCUGACCGCAAGUCGGAGACUCAGACAAGCCAGCCGUCAGCGUCGAGCCAGAAUCAAAGCCAGAACCAAACUCAGACCAGCAACAAAGAGAGCUGGACACAGACCAGUUCGACUUCACAGCAGCAUAAUGGACAGACCGCUCCGGCGCCGUCGAAAGCUCAGGCCCAGACCCAAGCUCAGAACCAGACUCAGACGGGUGACGUAGCGAGCAAGGAAGCCCAGCCUCAGAAGGGUAGUGGGCAACCGAAUCAGCAUGCGGCACCGCAGAAGAGCUCAAGGAGGAGCUUGGCGAAGGAGUACCUGGCAGCGGCUAAGGCCCGCCGCCGGGAGACGCAGCUCUACAACAAGCGCCAUCCGCCCAAGCCGGAGGAGAUCUGGAUCUGUCACUUCUGCGAGUAUGAGGCGAUCUUUGGGCACCCGCCUGAGGCCCUGGUACGGCAGUACGAGAUCAAAGAUAGGAAGGAGCGUCAGCUGGCGCAGCAGCGGCGUGCCCAGUGGGAGAGAAUGAAGAAGGGGAAGCAUAAGGGCAAGAAGAGCAGCAAGAUGUCCAACAAGAACAAUCACGCUGCUCAGGAUCUCCAUCACUCCGCUGACGCGCGCGACACGCCGUCGAAGCACUACGACGACGGUGGCCAGGAUGAAGAGUACUACGAGGAUGAGUACUAUGACGAGGAGGACUAUGAGUACGUCCUCGAAGAGGAGGUCAAUCCGAGGCCAGCCGGUCGACAUGGUGAUGCUCCGGGUCACUCGAGAGAGAGCUCUUAUGGGCAUGACGGCGGCGGUACGUAG